GUUUAACAGAAGAAGAAGAAAAAAACGGACACUUUAUUCUUUCUUUGACUCGGUCUUUUUCCACAUGUGCCUGCCUCCCUCUGUAACUCUCUCUCUCUCUCUCUCUGCAGAUGGAUGCUGGGUGGUCAGGGAAGGGUUAAGUGCUCGGCUCUAUAAACUCGGCUUCAAGAGUCUGCUGGAAGCUUCUGGUUCAGCCUUUAAAUACAGUCAUUUGACACAUCCCAACAGGGGCUUGUAGCAGAGAGCGGCUUCGAGACGAGCAUGAAGGCCGCCGUGUUCACCUGUGUGCUGUGGCUGGUGGCAGCCUCGGCCCGGAGGCCCGACCAGGACUCACAGCUGGUGCCGGGAUCUCUACCUGGAGCGCGUCUGAACGGAUACUUCAUUGACCACUUGAAAUCAAGGAGGGCGAGGAGGGCGCUGCCUCAUGGCGAUGAACCUGAUGACAGCCCAAUCGACCAGGAAGGAGACGCCGCCGACCUGCCCACCUGCCUGCUGUGUGUGUGUCUGACGGGUUCAGUCUACUGCGAGGAGGUCAGUCCAGAGAUGACCAGCAUCCCCACCUUGCCCAAAGAGACGGCGUACCUGUACGCCCGCUUCAACCAGAUCAAAAAGAUCCGCACCAAAGAUUUCGCCGAUAUCGUGACUCUCAAGAGGAUCGACCUGACGGGGAACUUGAUCUCAGAGAUUGAGGACGGCUCGUUCUCGAAGCUCACCCUGCUGGAGGAGUUGUCUCUGUCCGAGAACAAACUGGUCAAACUUCCCAUGCUUCCCGCCAAACUCAAAGUUUUCAACGCCAACUUUAACCGCCUCAGAACCAAGGGUGUCAAAGCGAACGCGUUCAAGAAAAUGACCAUGCUGACCAACCUGUACCUGGCUGACAACCAGAUGGAGGCGGUCCCACACAUCCCAGACAGUGUUCGGAUCUUACAUCUACAGAACAACAACAUCACCGAUGUCAAUAUAAACACCUUCUGCAGGUCCAAUGACACCUACUACCUACGACCCAGCCUCGGUGAGGUCCGAUUGGAUGGCAACCCCGUGGUGCUGUCCAAGUACUCCGACAGCUUCACCUGCAUGAAGGUGCUGCCUGUGGGACGGUAUCGCUGAGGAGGCAGAAACUCUACUGUCGCCUCUUUGUUGCCAAUGAAGGUUUUCCUACAACAAAGUGCGAGGGGGAUACCUUGACGUUCUGGAUUUUGGGGUGCUGAUCCCAUGGGGGGGGGGAUGAAAGUGUCAAUGUUUUUACUUCAGCAAACCUACAAACAGUUUGUGACAGUCAGGUCAAAAUAAAAAAACAUUCACUGGACUGACGGUGUCGGAUUGAGGGCGUUUCUCUCGCUCUUCAGUUUGUAACGGCGUGAAAGCCUCAAUAUGCUUCAGACACACUGGUUUGUCCAACCUGUAGUUCUACUAGUUACGAAUGACCUCACUGAGGGGUCAGAUGCUGUUAAUAAACCUGACAAGAUCUUUGUUUGAAGCAUAAUGAAGCCUUGAAAAUGGAUCCGACCACCUGUUCAGAAAACACCUCAGGUGAAGUUCCUUCUGAAGGUCCUUUUGACUGGCGGUGUGACCUUCAAACGAGGAGGAAGAGUCAACACCUCGACAACGAGAGUCCAGUGUAUUGUUUAGUUUGACCUGAGGCUCUACUACCUACACACACACACACACACAUACACUUUUAAUUAAAUUUAAGAUAUUACUAAAAGCCUUCUUUGGCAAUGUUGCUGUCCAAAACAAGUAUCUUACCUGACGUGCUGCCACCGCCGAGAGGAAAUGUUGAACUGUGACCAUUUCAGAAGUUUUUUUGGAUGAACCACAUUCCAAUAUUUUAAGUUCCAAGUCUUUUUGCAGUUAAUAAUUGAGUUAAUGUUUUCUUGGAGGCAGUAAGAUAGAAGGUGCUGCAGUAUCUUACGCAUACUUGACACCUGCGUGAUCAUUUUAAGUCUGAUCUUCUCCAUUUCUCAUACAUCACAUGUUGCUUUAAAAUGUCCUGGCAUACAAAGACAGCCUGUAUAUAUUUUUCUCUCAGAAAAUGACUAUUGUGUGAAAUUAUUUCACUUUUAAUUACUCCAUUAAAAUGCCUCUCUAUAAAAAGGUCAACGGCCAUGUAGACUUGCUCUUCUGCAUUUUUUGGGGACUUAGCUUCACUUUGUUUUUUAAUUUAUAGACUCCGGGUUGAAGUGAACUGGGAAACAAUGCAACUAUGAUCUAAAGUAAUGUGAAAGUUACUCCUUUGGUAUUUUGUCUCGCUUUAAAAUAAAAAAAUGUCUCGCUUGUGUCCCUAACUCUUCCCUUCCAGUAAUAAAGUUUACUUAUAUCUUACUGAUGUGAAUAAGACAGUGGUGUACAGGAAGAGGUGUAUGUGACAUGGCCGUGUUCUUAAGAUAUGUUAAUAAAGGUCAACUUUAAUUGAAUUAAAA